AGCGAGAGAGGAGGAAGAGUGAGUAGCACAAACAAAUACGUUUGUGUUUUAAGGUAUACAGUAGGGCUUUUUUUUUUUUUGGAGUGGUCUCUUGCAGAUAAAUGAGUAAACUAUGGUCCUAUUCACUCAGGAGCCACCUGUGCCGAAUAUGUAUGUGCACGUGGUAUUUUCAAGUACUGAUGCUCUUCAAUGGACAAAACAGGAAGCCCACAAAUGACCUACCAGACACCCACUGAGAUACCCUCCUCUGUGUCGAGGUAGAAGUUGCAUGUGUGGUUCAGCAAGGCUUCAGGUCUACCAAGAUCCACGAAGAAUGGAAACCUCACUGCAGAAGAUAAGAGCACACAAGGGCAGGGUGCUGUCCUGUGGGAUGGAUGACACCCAAGAGCAGGACCACUAUGAGGAGCGCCUAAAAGAAGUUUUUAACAGUUUUGACUUGAGUGGCUCUGGCUCACUGUCCCUGGAGGAACUCUCUGACCUCUGCCAGUCGCUGCACCUGGACGAUGCCACACCAGCUCUUCUCCAUACACUGCUGCAGAACCAGGACCGGCUCACAGCCAGGGUUGACUUUGACCAAUUCAAGAAUGCACUGAUUCUGGUAUUGUCAUCAACUAUUGAGCCGCCACAAGCAGAACAAGAGCCCUUGUCAAAACCAGAGUCUCCUGAGAUCCAGCCAAAGUUCGUGAAGGGCAGUAAACGCUAUGGCCGGCGCUCUACGCCAGAGUUCAUAGAACCCAUUUCAGACUUGUCCGAAUUUAGAAAUGCAAAUCCGGUAGAGGAGGAAGAUCUGGAGGACAACUAUGACUCAGCUGUUCCAAGGAAGCGUGAGCGCUGGAAUGCUCACGAAACAAGCACAGAGGAAUAUGAAGCAGAAGGUCAAAUGCAUCUCUGGAACCCCGAUGAGCCGAGCACACCCCGGGGAUCAAACAUUCCUCUGUCGGCCUGUUUAGAGGAGAGACUGCGUGAGGCUUGCGAUGAGCUGGCGAUAUCGUGGGACGGAUGUGCGGGUCACACUGAACUGCUUGCUCUUUGUGAACACCUGGGCCUGGAGAUAAAUGUGGAUAUGCUCCAGAGUCUAACCGGCGAUGGAGUGAUGAAUGUUCAGGAGUUUGUUUCCAGGGUUGUAAACCACAACAAACCCCCGACGCCGUCCGCCUCCACACCCUACAGGCAGCUCAAACGACUCCACUCCACUCAGCCCUUUGAUGAGGGAGGCCGUAGGAUAGCCACUCCUUCUGCCCUGACCAGCACCAUUGGCAUGCGUCUUUUCUCCACCCUUGAUGAUGGUACCGGUUUCACUCCCGUUGAAUAUAUCCUGGAUGCCUGGAUGGAAGAGGGAAUAGAAAACAGCACUGAGAUCCUGCAGGCUUUGAAUUUCAACAUAGAUGGAAAAGUGAGUCUUAGUGAUCUCACCAUGGCACUUGAAAAUGAGCUACUCGUUACUAAGAAUGGGAUUCACCAAGCGGCACUGGCGAGCUUCAAAGCUGAGAUCAGACAUCUUCUAGAGCGAGUAGACAGAGAACUCAGGGAGAAAGAGAAAAUCCGAUCUGACCUGGAGAAGGCAGAAAAGCUAAAAACUCAACUUGCCACUGAGGUGGAUGAGCAUCACUCUGCAAUUGAGCACACAAAUAACCUCAAUCUCAGGAAGCUUGAACAGGACCACAAAGAGAAGUUAGCAGCAGUACGAUCCGAUCUGAUGAAGGAGAUGGACCAGCUCCAGCAGCAGGCCAACCUGCAGCGGGAGGGACUGGAAGCAGAGGUGGAGAAGAUCAGGGAGGAUGAAUCUUUUCUCAGAGACCACCUCUCCAUCUCUGUGAAGGAAAACAGACGUCUUGAAAUGGAGUUGCUGGACAGCACCGAAAAACUAGUGGAGGCCCAAAACCAAAUUACAAAACUGCAGACAAGUGUGGACAACAUUAUGAAAGAAAGGUUUGGAGGCUUGGACCCUGGCAGUGCAGAUUUCUUCCUCCAAGAAGAACGUAUUAAACAGCUCCGCAGCAGCUACGAAGCUCAGUGCAGGGAACUGCAGGAUCGUAUUGAUGAGCUGCAUUCAGAGUUGCAGGAGUUCCACAGUCUUGGACGAGUUCAUCAGCCCUGCCACAAACCUCUCUCUGAAGAACUGGAGAGUAAAAGCCCUGGCAUGGAAUCUGAUCCAGGUAUCGGUUCAGAGGAGGUCCAGCCGUUCAGCAUGAGCCUUGAGGCAGAGAUGAUGUUGGAGCAUCUGAAGGAGCAGCACCUUCAGGAAAUGGAGGAGUUGCGAAACCAGCUGGAAAGCAAAGUCAAUGAAUUCGAUAAGAUUGUAGAAAAGCAGAGGGCGACCCAUGAGGACCAGAAAACUGCUUUAGCCCUCCAGUACCAGCAGGAGGUCCAGGUUUUGAGGGAGGAGAUGGCCAGCAUUCAGAUCCACGCACAGGAGCUCCAGAACCAGCUAGAGCAGGCGGAGCUGGAGCGGACCUGUCUGGAGCAGACGCAGGCCGAGGAGAGGGAAGAGCUUGAGAAUCUGCAAGAGGAGGAAGUGGGAACUCUCAGACAGCAGCUGCUAGAGGCCCACACCUACACUGCAGACCUGGAGGAGCAGCUGAAGACCCUUGAAGCCCAGCAGGCAGAAAUGGAUGAAAACCUUGUCAACGAUAUGAAGGAGCUGAGGAAACAACAAGCCACUGAGAUUAAGAAACUGGACGACGAGCAUGUAGAGCUUUGUGAAGCCAGACUGGAAGAGGAGAGAAAGAAACUGCAGGAAGAACAGGCUGAGUUGGAGAAGAGACUGAUAGAUGAUUGCGAAAGGGAGAAGGAACUGUUGCAACAAAACCAUGAGGAUGAACUGAAGGCCAGACUAGAGGAGGCAAAGGUGAGGUUUGAGGAAGAGCGUGAUGAGAUUGUGCAGAGACUGACAGAGCAGUGGCAGAAAGAGAGAGCUCAGCUAGAUGAGCAGAAUAAUGAGUCUCUGCAGGUGCUGCUGGAGGAAGAGAUGUUGAGACUUGUCAGGGAACAAGAAGAGAAGGAGAGCAAGCUCAGGGAGCAGUGGGAGAUUGAACGAGCCCAGCUUCAGGAGCGUCACGAGGAGGCUCUGCUCGAUAGAAUACUUCAGGAAAGGUUGCAGUUACAAGAGCAGUUUGAGCAGAGGGAGAAAAGGCUGAAGGAGGAGUGGGAAAGGGAGAGACUGCAACUGGAGGAGGAUUACGAAGGGAUGCUCCAGGAUAGGUUAAAUGAAGAGAGGGAGAAGCUUGAGAUUAAGAAGGAGGAAGAGGAGAAGAGGCUAGAAUUAUUGAUGGCAGAGGAGAGGGCUCAUCUAGAGGAGAGCCACCGAGAGGCCAUGAAGGAGCUGACUCUGAAGCACACUGAAGAGAUGGACGUUCUCAGCAGCACGUUGGACAAACUUCGAGAUAACAUCAUUCAGGAGAGGAGGGAAAUCGAGGUCAGCUUCACACAGAGAAUCAAAGAAGUGGAAGAUCGUUUCUCAGGUGAUCAAGAAUCUGUUGCAAAGCGUUUUCAGGCCGAUGUUUUGAAACUUGAACAGCACUACCAAAGUGAGCUGAAGGCCCUUUCUGAGAGCCAUGUCGAGCAGAAGCUCCACUGGGAGGCACAGAUACAGGAGGCCCUUGAGAACGCUGGGGAACAAAGAAGAAUAAUGGAGGAGGCCAUGGAGCUAGAAAGAGAGAGCCUGGAUCAACAGUGGAAAAAGGAACGACAUGAGCUAGAAAGUCUUCAUAAAGAGGAAAUGGAAGAACUGGCGACGAAGAACCGGCAACUGCAAAAUGAACUUGAUGUGUUUAUUAGCAGGGCUCAGACUAAAGAGAUAGAGCUAAGUAGACAGCUGAAUGACCUCCAUAACCGGCUGCAGGAAAGCCUGGAAACCAAGGAUGAGCUUCUUGCUCAAUCUGAGAUGAAAGCGCUUGAGACUGAACUUCUGCUAAAUCAAAUAGUGGAAGAUUUUAAACAGGAAAGGGCAGAACUUCUGAGCCUCCAGUCAGAACUUGAAGCAAAAAACAACGAGAUGCUUUCCAUUUCUGAGAGGCAGAUUAUUGAGAGGAUACAACUGUUAACUGAGCGUGAUGAUUUGAAGAUGAAGAUCGAGGAGUUGGAGAUGCUGCUUAAACAGGCAGUAAUGGACUUUGAGUUUGAGAGGAGGGAGCUACAGGAACAUGUAUCCAUUCUUGAGAAAAAGGUACAAGAUAAUGUAGACAAUGACAGAGAAGAGCUUAUAGCAGAAAUAGAUCUGCUUAAAAUCAGAAUCAAACAGCUAGAGAUGGAAUUGAAUCAGGUUUUGUCUUCCGCAGAAAAGGAAAAGGAAGAAUCAAAUGAAAUAAACACCACAGACACAUGUUCCGCCCCAGAAAAUAUUUCUCUUGAUGUUAUUCUUGAAGAUCAGGAACCAUUUCUGACAGAACAAGUUGAUGUAGAGACUAUAAUGGAUGCAGUUGAUGGAGGUUCUGAAAAUAUCAAAAACACUCAUAAUGAGUAUGAUGAAAAGGUCCCUGCCAGUAGUAAUGAUGAAGGAGAUAACUUGCCAGAAGUAGAGACAGAUUCCACUGUUGCUGCUCCAGAAGAUCACCAAAAUGGAGAUUCAAACCCUGUGGAAGUCGAAGGAGACACUGAAGUGGGUUGUUGCCCUGCAGAAAUUGGACACGAAGACCUUAAAUCGACAUCCUGUGAUGGCAAAAACUCAGAUUCCCCGGUCCCAGAUGAAAGUGAUUCAAAUGCUGAAUCCAAAAAGGAAGUGGUUUCCCCAGAGUUGCGGUGUGAGGUGGCCUCAACCCCUGAGGCGUUUGAAGGUGUAGAUGCAGAUGAAGAUGGUGGGAAUAAAGUAGCUCUUGAAUCAUGUGAGGAGGAGAACAAACCUCACGAUGUACCAGCCUUGGACAAUGAAAGCUCUUCCGAUGUAGAUGAGCCAUGUCAUGAGAAUGUGGUUGAUCCCUCAACGCUGGAGGAGACAGGUUACCCCAAUAAACUGUCUCUAGUGGAUGCUGAGGUUUCUUGUUUAUCAAAUAACUCUGAAAUUGAUUCAGAUUCAGACUGUGAACAUUUAACCGCUAAAAUGGAGGAUGAAUGUGCACAUGAUUGCCUGGAAACUCCGGAUGAAGAUGCUGAGGACAGGGAAUAUUCUCUCCUUAAGCUACGGGCUUUGUAUAACACUGCCACAGAGGAGAACAUCCUCCUACAUGAGAAGAUUUCUCUGCUUCAACAGAAGACAGAAAUACUGGAGAAUCUUCUAGCUCAUAACACUGAAAAGGUCAAAACUGGCCACCAGGUAUUGGAGGAAAACUAUAGCCUCAAAGUCAAACUGGUACUUUUAAUGGAGCAUAUCAAAGAGCUGGAGGUUAAGGCCUUAAAGAUGACAGAUCUUCAGAUUAGAUAUGACGAUUGCAUGUGUGAAAAUGCCAAACUGAAGGACCAGAACAGAGAACUUGAAAAGAAAGUUUGGAGCGUUGAAAGCAGGAUGAAUAUUUUCCAUGAUUUCCAAGACCAGCAGAUUUCCCUGGUGGAUGAGAUUGACAGGAUGAGAGAAGAUAACAAUAAGCUCAGUGAGUUGUUCAGUGAAUUGGAGAGGCAGGGUGAGAUUAUUUCUAUGCACUCGGAUGCUGGACAAUUGGAGAGCCCCACAGAGGAGAUUCUCUUGGAUCUGACCAGUCAGCUGGAGGUUAAAGUUCAGACAGGGAGUCAUCUGGAGGACCGCUGCGAGGAGUUUGAGAAGGAGAACAACAGCCUUCGCCGAGCCAUCACAGAGCUACAGGAUAAGUCGCAGACAUUAAAUGAAACAACACAGGCUCAUAGAUCUGAGGCCAGUCGUCUUGCUGAAGAAAACUUCGUCCUCCGGCAAAAGCUUGCUGCGAUGAAGGAAGAAGACUUGAAAGAGGCCCAGAAAGAGUUGAUACAAACAUUGGAGCACUUAAAAAAAGGGAAGUUUGCAGCUCAGAAAGCAGCAGAGAAUUUCAAGAAACAGAUUUCAGAGCUGCGUUUGCAGAUCCAGCAACUGGAAGAUGAAAAUGGGAUGCUGUCAGAGAAAGAUGUCCAAAAUGUCACUGAUAUGGAGAAUCUACGGCAGCAGCUGGCAGAGCUGAUAAAGGAAACCGAGAGGAGGGAGGCGUUCCCCGCUGAAGAGAAACACAAGCUGGCAGCUUGUGUGUCUGCUCUGGAGGCAGAGCUGACCAAAGCUCUGGAGGACACUGCACAGCUGGAGAAGAGGAAUACCCAGCUGUCACAGCAGCUCUCUGGCCUCAGAGAGAAGGCAGUCAAAGUCGACUCUCUGGAGAAUCAGCUCAGCCACCUGCUAGAGGAGCGGAAGAGUGUGGAUAAGGAGACUCGGGGCCUCCGCAACCAGCUCGACAAAGCUGAGGAGAGGGUGAAGACGGUAGAUGAAACUCUUCAGGCUGUGAACCAUCAAAGUGCUCGUCUUACGUCAGACUUCUGUGUUUUGCAGCAGGAGAGGGAUUUGCUUCAACAUGACGUUGCAGUGCUACAAAAACAGCUGCAAAAUGUCACAGAUAAAAACCGUGUUUUAGAGAUGGCCUUGCACUCGAGUGGUCUCCAGAGUCAGAGCAAGAAGCGGUACAGAGAUGAGAUGUCUCGGCUGAUGGAGCAGGAUCAGCAGCUAUUGAGGCAGGAAAACGAGAGGCUUCAGGCAGAAAUGCGCAACAUCAAAGCAGACCUUGUGCAGUCCAGAGAGAAGGUCCAUCAGCUCGAUGCUACCAUCCUGUCCUUGAAGCAGCACAAACAACCAAGUCAGUCCUCCCUGGUGAAGGCCUUGGAACAGGAGAACGCCUCUCUGAAGCACGAGCUCGAGGCACAAAAGGAGCUCACCAAGGGCCACGAAGCAGGACAAGGACACACAGAACUGGAGAGCCUUCAACAAGAAAAUGAGGCGCUCAGAGCCCAAAUGGCUCGACUGUCUACACAGCUGCUAGAGACAUUUCAGGCUCAGUUGGUUGGACUUCUCCCCCCAUCACCUCACAGGAUACCCAGAGGACAGCUUCGAGGUGAAGACCCGGACAACAUGCAGGAUGAAAGGGAGAGGAAGAUGAAGAAUAUGGAGGAGCGUAUGAGGGAAAUUGAACUGUCGCUGCGUAACGUCAAACUGCUGCUCAAAGAGAAGGUUGCUCAGCUGAAAGACCAGCUGCACAAGAAUGGAAAAGCCGACGUGUUGAUCAGCGACCUGUAUGUGGAGAACGCCCAGCUGCUGAAAGCUCUAGAGAUAACUGAGCAGCGGCAGAAAAUCGCAGAAAAGAAGAACUACCUACUGGAAGAGAAGAUCUCCAGCCUUAACAAGAUAGUGCGUGACCUAAACCCCUCGCCCCUUCCCUCGCUGCCUUACCACUAUUAAUGCUCAUAAUGUGUCACCUAGAGGUAGCGCUUGCCUAAGUGUCCACCAUGAACUGCACUGUUUAUUUACUGAAUAUGUUUUAUUUUGAACCUUUGUGCAACAGAUGAAGCCAAAAUGCACAAGAAAAAUGCUUUUUUUUCCCUCUGUUGCAUGUUUUAUCUCAAGCCUAAAUUGUACUGUGUUUAAAUAUGCAGUAUUUUUAUUUGUUAGCUUAUGUUGUGUUAAACCUAUGAAGAACCAAAUGUGACAGUUGACUGUAGAGAAAACUAUAUUUUUCAAUGCAGUUACUACUAACUUAAUAAAUAUUUUACUAUGACACUAUAUUUCUAUUUUUAAGAAAAGAGAAGCAAUACUUAAGUGCACUUUUUUUUUUAUACAAGUGUUCUUUUGUCUGUGUUGUUGAAGAGAUUAAUUGUGUUAAUCAGUCUAUCGGUUCCUUCUCUGUCCUUAUGUACACAAGCCUGUCAGUCGUGAUAUCAUGUAAACGGAGAAGUCAAAUAAUCUGAUGACCUUUUCGAGGUAUUUGCUUUCAUGUAACACUACCUGAAGUUACAUUCACUCUAAAUGAAUGUCAAGUGGCAAUACUUGCUUUUUUAAAUACAUUAGAUUAAAAUCCUAUAAACGGUUGCAAUAUGUAAAGUUUUGUAUGUAAAGCUUGUGCCAUAUAUGAAUGUUUUUGAGUCAAAUGAAGGACCUUGCUGCCUGACCUUGAAGCAUAAGCACUAAAGAUGAAAACAGGGUGAUGUUUUGUGUUACAGGCAUAAAUAAAAUGCACAGAUUGUGUUCGGUUUGA